AUGAAGUUUGGUGAGCAGCUCUCAAAGUCUUUGAUUAGACAGUAUAGCUACUAUUAUAUCUGUUACGAUGAUUUAAAGAACGACCUGGAGGAGAACUUGGAGAAAAAUAAUGGGAACUGGAGUCAGGACUUAGAAACGGAGUUUCUGGAAUCGUUGGAAGUUGAAUUGGAUAAAGUUUACACGUUCUGUAAGGUGAAGCAUAGCGAAGUCGUUAGACGUGUGCAAGAGGCUCAAGAGCAAGUUCAACAUACCGUACGUGCUUUGAACUCCAAUACUCCACCUACAGCAUUGGAUUUUGACAUCCUGGAGGAAGAAUUGAGUGAUAUUAUCGCAGAUGUUCAUGAUAUCGCGAAGUUCUCGCGUUUGAAUUACACAGGGUUCCAGAAGAUCAUGAAGAAACACGACAAGAAGACGAAAUUCGUCUUGAGACCGGUGUUUCAGAUCAGACUGGAUGCCAAGCCUUUCUUUAAGGAUAAUUAUGAUGAGUUGGUGCAAAAGAUCUCGAAGUUGUACGACAUUGUGAGAACCAGGGGUCAGCCUGUCAAGGGUGAUUCUUCUGCCGGCGGUAAGCAACAGAAUUUCGUUAGGCAAACUACUAAAUACUGGGUUCAUCCAGACAAUAUCACAGAGCUGAAAUUGAUCAUUCUGAAGCAUUUGCCCGUGCUGGUGUUCAAUGCCAAUAAGGAGUUUGAGAAGGAGGAUUCUGCGAUCACCUCUAUUUAUUAUGAUAAUGAGAAUUUGGAUCUUUACUACGGUCGUUUGAGAAAGGACGAAGGUGCUGAAGCUCAUAGAUUGAGGUGGUACGGUGGUAUGGGGUCUGAUACGAUUUUUGUGGAAAGGAAGACUCACAGAGAAGAUUGGACCGGUGAGAAGUCUGUGAAGGCCAGAUUUGCGCUCAAAGAACGUAAUGUUAACGAUUUCACCAAGGGUAAAUUUACUGUUGAGCAGGCAUUUGCCAAGAUGCGCCGUGAGGGCAAGAAACCUAUCAAAGAGAUUGAGAAUCUAGAAGCUUUAGCCAUUGAAAUCCAAUACACAAUGCUAAAGAAAAAAUUAAGACCAGUUGUCAGAUCUUUCUAUAACAGAACAGCGUUCCAGUUGCCUGGCGACGCAAGGGUGCGUAUAUCCCUGGAUACCGAAUUGACCAUGGUUAGAGAGGACAAUUUUGACGGAUGCGACAGAACAAAGGGCAAUUGGAGAAGAAUGGAUAUCGGAGUUGACUGGCCAUUCAAACAGCUAGACGAGAAGGAUGUUUGCAGAUUCCCAUACGCCGUUUUGGAAGUUAAACUACAGACACAAUUGGGCCAGGAGCCUCCAGAAUGGAUUCGUGAGUUGGUCGGAUCCCAUUUGGUAGAACCGGUACCCAAAUUCUCUAAAUUUAUCCACGGCGUUGCCACUCUACUGAACGAUAAAGUGGAUUCCAUUCCCUUCUGGCUACCGCAAAUGGGUGUCGACAUCAAGAAACCACCUAUCAAGACUAACAUUAACAUCACUAGGCCUGACAGAGACGAUGACGAUGACGACGAGGAUGACGAGGAUGAAGAAGACGCCGCUUUGGUCAAUGCAAUGACCGCCACCGGCAACACACUGGAUAUUGAAGAAAGAGCUGGUAAUUAUGGUUCGAUCGAAGGCCCUGGACAAACGCGGGCUGACCAGGGUGCUGAUGAAGGAGCAAGCUCUAACGCCGCUUACUACCGGAGAAAGAUAAACACCGCUAGGAACCCGCUAACCAGAGUAUGUUACAAGGUUGCUGGUUUAUUCGACCACUACAUGAACGGCGACCAGAUCGUCAAAGUUCCUAAGGGAACCGUUUUCGACACCCAAGUCAAGGCCCCACCAGGCAAGACUAUCUGCGUGCCGGUUCGUGUGGAACCAAAGGUUUACUUUGCCACCGAGAGGACCUUCCUCUCCUGGCUUUCGAUCGCGUUGAUCUUGGGUGGUGUGGCAACAACCCUAGUCACUUACGGCUCAACUACUACCAUGAUUGCAUCUAUUGGUUUUUUCAUCACUGCUCUUGCCACCAUAAUUCACGCAGUGCUGAUCUAUGCCACAAGAGUGGUAAAUAUAAGGCUCAAGAAAGCAGUCGACUACGAAGACAAGCUUGGACCACCAAUGAUCUGCACUUUCCUAAUGCUUUCCAUCCUAUUUUCAUUCUUCUGUAAUUUGGUGUGA